GGGAAAAGUCCUGAUGUCAUAAAAUCGCUAGGCAACGAUAUAAUAAGAUUUGGAAUUUAGAGCCACGAAUAUUCGGCAUUGUCUUGAUAAUUUUUUUUCUUUUAUAACACAUUCGCACUUUUUGUUAUGGGCAAUCAAACCAUAACAUUUUAAAAAGAUGGCUGCUAAAAGCAAAUACAGUGUUCUUUUACCCACGUACAACGAGAAAGAUAAUUUGCCACUGAUUGUCUGGCUUCUUGUUAAAACAUUUACAGAAAGUAAAAUUAAUUAUGAAAUUAUUAUAAUCGAUGAUGGAAGUCCUGAUGGCACACAAGAUGUUGCUAAGCAACUUAGUGAUAUUUAUGGUGAUGAUAAAAUACUGUUGAGACCAAGAGCAAAGAAACUUGGAUUGGGUACUGCAUAUAUUCACGGAUUACAAUUUGCUACUGGUGAUUUUGUCAUUAUUAUGGAUGCAGAUUUAUCACAUCAUCCCAAAUUUAUUCCGGAGUUUAUAGCCCUGCAACAAAAACACAAUUAUGAUCUAGUUUCUGGUACAAGAUAUAUUGGUGACGGAGGGGUGUAUGGCUGGGAUCUUAAAAGAAAAAUAAUAAGUCGCGGAGCGAAUUAUGUGACACAAAUUUUACUGCGUCCGGGCGCUUCAGAUUUAACAGGAAGUUUUCGGUUAUAUAAAAAAGAAGUACUCGGAAAACUAGUUGAAGCUUGUGUGUCGAAGGGUUAUAUCUUUCAAAUGGAGAUGAUAAUACGAGCAAGACAGUUUAAUUACACCAUAGGAGAGGUGCCAAUCAGCUUUGUUGAUCGUUUUUACGGUGAAUCGAAACUUGGUGGCAACGAAAUUUAUCAAUUUGUCAAAGGUCUUUUGUAUCUUUUUGCUACCACGUGAUUUUUUUGCAACCACGUGAUUUUUUUGCAACCACGUGAUUUUUUUCUCUGGGUAUAUUGUAUAUUUAUUAAACUAUGUAAUCGGGAAUAUAUAAAGAGGGCAUGUAGACAUCUAUACAUUUUAAA